AUGGAUACAUAUGAUUUGGCUAUUGAAAAAUAUUCACUAGUUUUACAAUUAUUUGGCACACAUUCAUCUGCUAGCUUUCGAAAAAACAUUAAAAAACUUUUUUUCAAAACACAUGUUUUUAUUGGUAAUUCAUACAAUGAAACAAAUAUAAAUGAAAUGGCUAUUGAACAUUACAAAACGGCAAUACAGUUGCUAAAAAUGUAUAAAGAAGAAAUUGCCGAUGAAGAGUAUUUACAAAAAAUUGCACAUUUACAUAGUUUAAUCGGAGAUGCUUACUAUACCAUGAGCGACGAUCAUAAUGCUAUUGAAUAUUAUAAUGAAGCUUUGGAAUAUAACGUUUUACCAUCUUCAAUAGCAGAUGAAAUACACACAAAACUUUCAGAUUUAUAUAAAAAAGCUAUUCAAAAAUACGAUCUAGUUAUUGAACAUUUAAAACAAUCGUUAAAUAUGAAAACAAACCAAGACAAUGGAAAUAUUCUCGAUAUAGCAUCACUCAAUAAUGAAAUUGGAUGGUAUUAUUAUCUGAUUAGUGAUUGUGAUUCAGCAUUAUCAUACUGUCAAAAAGCAGUUAUUCUCCAUGAAAAAUAUUUAGACACACUUAACAAAAAUAUGGAUUAUGUCAAUGUUCUUAACCGUUUGGGUGUCAUUUAUUAUAAGUUAAAUGAUCUUAAUAAAGCUUGGAGUUAUUGUUGGAGAUCCAUAUCAAUAUUAAAACAAGAUACGUCAUCCAUUGAUGAUUAUGACAUGACAUAUGCAUUUAAUUACGAAAUAUUUGGUCGCAUUUUUCUAUCAAAAAAGCAAAAAAAGGUUUAG